AUCUGCGAUCGUUUUGUUCUCACGCUCCCCCUCACUUUGCAAUUUCAGCCCGACCCGGAGUCAUUCGCUUCCCCCAGGAAUCUAGUUAUAGUACCUACCUACCGUAGGUGGUAUUACCGAAAUGGUUCGCACCGCUCUCGCUGCUGUCCUGGCUUUCGCCGUCACUAUGAUCAACGCCCAGGCCAUCCCGAACCCGGCGGGUGCGCGGGACGUGGGCAACGGGCAGGGCCGACAGUUCACGACGGGCGGCUGUGUCGCGAACGCCGACUGCCAGGAGGGAUGUUGUGCCAACAACGGCCAGGGCACGGGCAUCUGCUCGGGCAUCGGCGCUGAGUUCCAAAACGGCAAGCAGGGAUGCGGCUUCGUCGACCCCAAUGCCGCUGCUACCAUCGCCGAGGCGAAGGCCCAGGUUGAACGGCAGGGGUUCUGAAUCAAAGGUACCUACGGGGGCCCAGUGGACAAGAGGACGGAGGACGGAAGAGGGUUGUGGUUUGAUGGGGGCUGAAUGAAUGUAUGUGACGUGGUUGUGUCCCUGGGAGUAUGACCAUUCAUAAGGUGGAACGUCUCGAGAAAGCACGCCUCACUGGAAGGACUGAUUGAUUAUUACGACUAGUAGUAUGCCAUACUCAUGGAGUAAUUA